UGUGCGAUCUCAUCAUUUUCCCUAACAACUGCGAGGACUGGAUGCCUGUUGCCAGGAUACCCUUCGCCACGGCAACGAUCCACUCUUUGCACCAGCAGCAUGGAGAAGCGCCGCUGACUGCCUCCGAUCUCUGAAUAAUGAAUUGAGAAUGUGUUCUAAGGAGCGUGUGUGUGAGCGCGUGUAAGGGGGGGGACGCGAGAUGAAUACGGGAGCGUGAUCUGGGAGCGCGGCGAUCGACGGCAAGGCGGGGGGAACCAUGCAGCUUCACUCGACGACGCCCUGUAAGGCGUCGGGCUUCAUCCUCAACGAAAGAUGCAUCCUGCCUUCGAAAAUGGAAAUGUACCGCGAACAGAGCAUCUGCCAGGCCCGGGCUGCUGUCAUGGUGUACGACGAUGCCAACAAGAAAUGGGUCCCGGCCGGGGGAUCCACGGGAUUCAGCAGAGUCCACAUCUACCAUCACACUGGGAACAACACCUUCAGGGUGGUGGGCCGCAAAAUCCAGGACCAUCAGGUGGUGAUCAACUGUGCCAUCCCCAAGGGGCUGAAGUACAACCAGGCCACGCAGACGUUCCACCAAUGGCGUGAUGCCCGUCAGGUCUAUGGACUCAACUUCGGCAGCAAGGAGGAUGCCAAUGUGUUCGCAAGUGCCAUGAUGCACGCCUUGGAGGUGCUCAACUCACAGGAGGCAGGUCCGACGUUGCCUAGACAGACGACUCAGAUUCAGAAUGGGCCGUCGCCAGAGGAGGUGGAGAUGCAGCGCAGGCAACUCCAGGAACUACAGCGUCAGAGGGAAGCUGAGCGGGAGCGCCUGGAACGCGAGAUGCUGGAGCGGGAGCGGUUCGAACGGGAGCGUCUGGAGCGGGAACGCUUGGAACGGGAACGCCUGGAGCGGGAGAGGCUCGAGCGGGAGCGUCUGGAGCAGGAGAGGCUGGAGAGGGAGCGCCUGGAGCGGGAGGUGGCGGAGCGACAGCGCCUGGAGCAGGAGCAGCUGGAGCGUGAGCUGAUGGAGCGCGAGAGGGCGGAGAGGGAGGAGCAGGAGCACCAGGAGCAGCUCGACAGAGAGCAGAUGGACUGGGAGAGGGGACGGCGCAUGUCCAACGCCGCGUUUGAGAGCACUCUACACACCGCCUCGCUGCCUGACUACUCCAGGGUGGCCUCCUCCCCCAUUUUGCCCUCGCAGCCCAGCUUUGUGCCCCCGACCUCGUCCCCGUCGACCGCCGCCGCCCCCCCAACGCCGCCCCUGCGUAACUCCGCCUCCCGCUUCGCCACGUCCCUGGGCUCUGCUUUCCACCCGGUGCUGCCUCACUACGCCACCGUUCCCCGGCCCCUGAACAAGCACCCGCCGGCGGUGGCGGUGACUACGACGACGACGCCGGCUCCACCCCCACCCCCCCCGGCCCCGCCCUCAAAAUCUGUCGCCUGGUCGGCCGCCAACUUCAGCCCUCUACCGCCGUCGCCCCCGGUCAUGAUCAGCAGUCCUCCUGGGAAAGCUGCCGGACCCCGUCCUGUUAUAGCCGUUCCCGCCCCCGGCCCCCUAUCCCAGAAGCCCCCCUCCCCCUCGGCCCCCAACAGCACCCCCGACUCCCCGCGGGUUUCCUCGCCCGCCUCGUGCCAGCCCCCCCUGCCCCCGCCUCCCCCACCGCUGCCCCCUGUCUCCCUGUCUGCGUCCUGCCAGGCGUCUCCCACGUCCCCCAUCGCUCUGCCUAUGUCCCCCCCCUCGUCCUACCCCGCUGUUUCCCCCUCCUCUUCCACAGCUUCCCCCACCUCCGCUGAGCACUCUCUGAGCUCGGUGCUGGGGGAGUCCAGCUCCUGUGGCCCCAAGCCGGAGGCCUCGCAGCCCGCCGACUCCCCCGCCCAGCCGGAACCCACGCAGGGUCUUCCGACUCCCCCACCCCCACCGCCCCUGCCUCCCGGCUCCACUGUGACCCCUCCUUUGGGGCCUCCGCCCCCUCCCGGCCCCCCUCCUCCGCCCCCUCUGCCUUCCAGCCUCACCCCCACGGGACCUCCAGCGCCUCCUCCCGGACAGGUCCCGCCUCCAGCCCCGCCCCCACCGCCGGCUCCACCCCUGCCGGUCGGCCUGUUUUCCCCCACAACUGCUCCGGAGGAGGGCCGGCCCCUCUCCGGGCUGGCGGCCGCCCUCGCCGGAGCCAAGCUGCGGAAAGUGCAGAGGAGCGAAGAGGCGCAGAGCGGAACCGCUGCAACGGCUGCCGGCGGAAGGGCUGAACCGUCACGUGGAAAUGGCCCACUCCCGGUCGCCGGAGGGGGAUUGAUGGAGGAGAUGAGCGCCCUGCUGGCCAGGAGAAGGAGGAUUGCGGAGAAGGGGUCAUCUCCAGAACCCGAGCAGAGAGACAAAACUGAUGAGUCGGAGUCCUUGACUCCCAAAGUCUCUGCAUGUAGCACUCCAGAUAUGCCCCGGAAGCCCUGGGAGCGGGCAAACACUAUGAAUGGUAGCAAAUCUCCGGUCAUCGGAAGACGAGAUUCUCCGUGGAGAAAUCAGACGUGUUCUGAGAAGUUCUCUGAUCCGUUGAGCAGACCGAAAUCCACACCCACUCCAACCGGGUCCCUAAGUGCCAAUGGGGUGCCAACGGAAGGUGUUGACUACGACAGGCUGAAACAGGAUAUUUUAGAUGAAAUGAGAAAGGAACUGACAAAGCUGAAAGAAGAGCUCAUCGACGCUAUCAGGGAGGAGCUGGGCAAGUCCAACACCGCAUAGGAGGACUGUCCCUUACGUCAACCCUUCACCCUAGACCCCCGAGGUCGACUUCAGUCAAGACAAUAUUUUAAGAAACGAUAAAGGAAAAAAAUUCAAAAGAUGGCAUUAACAAUAAUCCUAUUAACGAAGAUCCAUUUGCUGGUGAACGAGAGGAUCCAGGCGGCUCGGUCUGGGAGUGGCAGACGUAGCAUCUGAGGGCAGGCGAUGCUCUUCUGAAGCCUGGUGCCUCCGCCGCUCCAGGGGACUUUGUCUUCAAGGGAGGGCACUGUACUUAUGCAAAGGGUGACUUUCUUUGUCUGUUACCAGGUGACAAAGGAUUAUGUAACAAAAAAAAAAAAAAAAAAACAUAUACUGUAUUAACCAUUGCAGUGUGACAACACAGACCACCUUCAUGCUAGGAACGUGGACGUUUCACACACACGCUUGUGAAUUUCCGGCAGAAAGGCACGUUUGGAGGGUUAGAGUAGAUGAGUGGGGGAGAUCAGGGCUCCAGCGUUCGCUCGAGCGACCAGCAUUGACCGUCUCUGGAUGAAGGACACGUGGACUGGGUGUGGUCUACUGCUGCAGGACUCUUGUCAAACUCGUCUUCCUGAAAUACCCUCGUACCUGAAUAUGUACAUUGAGAAAAAAAAAGAAGAAAAAAGAUACCUUCGAGUUGUUUAUUCGCAUCUGUUCCAAUGUUAACCACGACCAUAUCGGAUAGCUGAACGGAAUCAUCUUGGGACAGCAGUCUCUAUGCUCUUUUUGGCUUAGCGUUCUAUAAAACAGGCCCCCCCCCCCCCCCCCCC